AAAGAGGACCGAUCCAGGCGGUCGUUCCUGUGCCUCCUCCUCUUGUUUUCUCCGCCCACCCCCUUCUCCUCCGUCCUCCUCGUCGUCCUUCCUCCUCCGUCCUCCCUCUUCGUCCUGUAUUAAAAACCGACCCUCCUCCCCAUUUCUUGCGAAAUCGAUCGAGAAGACCCUUCUUCGCACGUCCACCGCAUUUCCCUUCUUCCCUCCCUCCCUCCCUCGCUCCUCCUCCUCCUCGCCACCAUGUCCGCCGCUUCUCUCUCUUCUUCCAUCAGCGUGAUCCGCGCCGCCUCCUUCGCCAACGACAAGCCCGCCCUCGUCUCCAGCGCCAGGCCCCCCUCCUCCGCUUUCCUCGGAUCCUCCGCCGGGCUCCGCUUCGACCCCCUCUCGAGCUCCGCCGCCGGCGCCGGCCUCCGGCCCUCCCCCGUCGUCGCCGCCGCCGCCGCCAAUGUCGUCAAGGAGAAGCAGCCCAGAUCCUCUCCCUCCGGCUCCAACCUGCUGAUCACGAAGGAAGAGGGGUUGGAGUUAUACGAGGACAUGGUCUUGGGGAGGGCGUUUGAGGACAUGUGCGCGCAGAUGUACUACAGGGGCAAGAUGUUCGGCUUCGUCCAUCUCUACAACGGGCAGGAAGCCGUCUCCACGGGCUUCAUCAAGCUCCUGAAGCAGGAGGAUUCCGUGGUCAGCACCUACAGGGACCACGUCCACGCGCUCAGCAAGGGCGUGCCGGCUCGCCAGGUGAUGAGCGAGCUGUUCGGCAAGGAGACGGGCUGCUGCAGAGGCCAAGGGGGCUCCAUGCACAUGUUCUCGAAGGAGCAUAAUUUGAUCGGUGGAUUUGCCUUCAUCGGGGAGGGGAUCCCGAUCGCCACGGGCGCGGCGUUCACGUCCAAGUACAAGAGGGAGGUCUUGAAGGAGGAGGGCUGUGAUCAUGUGACCGUGGCGUUUUUCGGGGAUGGGACUUGUAACAAUGGACAGUUCUUUGAGUGCCUUAACAUGGCUCAGCUGUGGAAGUUGCCUAUCAUUUUUGUUGUGGAGAAUAAUCUGUGGGCAAUUGGUAUGUCCCAUUUGAGAGCUACUUCUGAUCCUCAGAUUUGGAAGAAAGGUCCUGCAUUUGGGAUGCCCGGAGUGCACGUGGAUGGGAUGGAUGUGUUGAAGGUUAGGGAGGUGGCAAAGGAGGCCGUUGAAAGAGCUAGGAGAGGAGAGGGACCUACUCUGGUCGAGUGUGAAACUUACAGGUUUAGAGGACACUCUUUGGCUGAUCCCGAUGAGCUUCGUGAGCCUGCUGAGAAGGCCAAGUAUGCUGCAAGGGAUCCCAUAACAGCCUUGAAGAAGUACAUGAUUGAAAGCAACCUGGUUAGUGAAGCCGAGCUCAAGGCAAUUGACAAGAAAAUCGAUGAGGUUGUUGAAGAUGCUGUGGAAUUUGCGGACGCAAGCCCUCCCCCACCCAGAAGCCAGCUACUGGAGAAUGUGUUUGCAGAUCCUAAGGGAUUCGGUAUUGGCCCCGAUGGAAGGUAUAGAUGUGAGGACCCCAAAUUUACUGAAGGAACCGCCAAGGUGUAGAAGCCUCAUUGGGGUACGGCAGGAUAUUUUUUCUACUAUUACUGCUUCCUGUAUUACUGCAAUCUUUUGAAUAUUUUUAACUAUUGCCAGAGAUGUAAGAAUAAUUAAGUUAUUGCAGUUGAAAUCUUCUGCUUCUGUUU